AUGGAAGGGGCCGGUCUCGCUGUCGGCGUUAUCGCCCUAGGAAGCACAUUCAACAACGCUGUCGAUUGCUUCGAAUACGUCCGGCUUGGUCGCGCUUUCGGCACCAACUUCCAAACCAGUCUGCUAAAGUUAGAGAAUGAGAGACUGCGACUCUCGCGUUGGGGAAAGUCUGUUGGGCUGAGUGGCGACUUCAGCAACGCCCACAGCAUCAGGCUGGCGACAGGACCGCCAGAUGAAGUGGCCAUAGCCACCAGAGUGCUGACGCAGAUAGUCGGCCUCUUCGCAAACGCAGAGGAUAUAUCCAACAAAUACAAGAGCCAUACAGAAGAAGCCGAUUGGAACCUCGAAGCUCUUGACCCAGCCACAGACAUGGAGGCUGUGGGCCAAUCGCUGCAUGCGAAGAUGCGCACUCUCUCUAUCAGACGUCAGAACACAACACCUUUACGACAGAGGAUGCAGUGGGCGUUGUAUGAAGAGAGACAAUUCAACGCGUUGAUCCAAGAUAUCGUAAACCUUGUCAACAAUCUCGUGGAACUGUUUCCUUCGACGCAUCAAGAACAGCGCCGGCUGUGCAGGACGGAAGUGUCUGAGAUCGAUUCCAAAGACGCUCUACUUGCUUUGAAGGACAUAGCAGCGUUACAAGACAAGGAACUUAAGCAAGCCAUCGUCGAGGCCCUGCAGUCAGAGGUCAGUUGCUGUGUGUCGGUGUAG